GGACCCAAAAAAGCAAAGCCAGAGAACUAUGGCAAACCCAGUGAAAUAUCAGUGUCUUGCAAUUGCUGCUUGGGUAGUUCUUCUGUUACCUUUUUGCAGGGCAGAACCAAGUCAAAACACAGAAGCUGAAGCUCUUCUCAAAUGGAAACAAAGCCUUGGAAACCAAUCGAUUAUGAGUUCAUGGGUCAAUCCAGCAAGCAAUAAUUCUACAGCUUCAAACCCAUGCAAAUGGCUGGGAAUUACUUGCAACAAGGUUGGCAAUGUAAUUGAACUGAACCUGGCAUACACUGGUUUACAGGGUACCCUUCUCCAUUUAAAUUUCUCUUCUUUUCCAAACCUACUACGCCUCGACCUCAAAUUCAACAAGCUCACUGGCCCCAUACCUGCCGAUAUCGGAAUGCUUUCCAACCUCCAAUUCCUUGAUCUUUCCACAAAUUCUCUCAACGGAACAGUUCCGAUAUCUCUUGGCAAUCUUACCAAGGUUGUUGAGAUCGAUGUGUCCCGAAACGGAUUAACCGGAAAACUCUGGUCAGGCUUGUUCCCUGACGGGACAAGCCCGGCCAAAACUGGCCUAAUUAGUCUCCAAAGACUUCUCGCCCAAACUACCAUGCUUGGUGGGCGUAUUCCAUCUGAAGUAGGAAAUAUGAAGAAUUUGGAAGCACUAAUUCUAGAUAAUAACUACUUUUUUGGUCCCAUUCCCCCAUCUUUGGGCAACCUAAGCAAGCUGGAUACUUUACGCCUGAACGAAAAUCAAUUUUCCGGUAAUAUCCCCAGGAAUUUCGGAAGCCUGAAAUUGAUUGAUUUGCGCUUGUUUAUAAACAAAUUGUCCGGUCCAAUACCAGAGGAAAUAGGAAAUCUAUCAUCAUUAGUGGUCUUUUCUUUGGCGGUGAACAACUUUUCUGGUCACUUACCACAACAAAUGUGUAGAGGUGGAAAGCUUGUAAAUUUCACUGCAGCCUUCAACAAUUUCACUGGACCUAUCCCAAAAAGCCUGAAGAACUGCACAAGUUUAUACAGAGUCCGUCUUGAAAAUAACACGCUAACUGGAAAUGUGGACCAAGAUUUUGGAGUAUAUCCAAACCUCACUUACAUUGACCUGAGCUAUAACAGAUUGCGAGGCAACAUCUCAUCAAAAUGGAGCGAAUGCCAGAAUUUAACAGUAUUAAAGAUUGCGGGGAAUAUGAUUGAUGGAAAAAUCCCAGAAGAGAUUGGUCUAUUGAAGAAACUUGGUGAGCUUGAUCUCUCGUAUAAUCAACUCUCUGGAGAAAUACCCACACAAAUUUUGAAGCUAUCUGCCUUAUCCUCUCUAAUCUUGAACAACAACAAUUUUUCGGGUUACAUUCCUAUGGGAAUCGGAGGACUUCCUGAGCUGCAAAAGCUUCAUCUAUCAUCAAACAUGCUUAUAGGGCGAAUUCCAGAUCAAGUAGGGGAUUGUUUCAGAUUGUUGUCUUUGAAUUUGAGUAAUAAUCUCUUAAAUGGUACCAUCCCUCAUAAUAUUGGUACUCUUUCAGCCUUACAAAAUUUCCUUGAUCUGAGUCACAAUUUACUUAGUGGAGAGAUACCACCCCAGCUUGGUGACCUCAAAGUUUUAGAAAAUCUGAAUCUCUCCCACAAUAACCUUACUGGUACAGUACCCGAUUCACUUGGUAAAAUGCUCAGCUUGUCAGCCAUUGACUUGUCCUACAAUUGUUUAGAGGGUCCUCUUCCUGACAGCAAUGCCUUUCGUUCCUCUCCACCAGAAGCUUUCUCAAAUAACAAAGCUUUAUGUGGCGAAAUUCAUGAUUUGAGGCCGUGUAAUUCAACAUCUGCAAAAAGGAAUGCCAGAGAUACAGAUCACAAACUUAUGAUAAUUGUUGUUUCUGCAGUAGGCUCAUUAUUCUUUGCCAUAGUGAUUCUUGGAUGUAUUGUAGUUUACUUCUGCAAAUAUCGAAGGAAUCAGCAAGAAGAUGAGUAUCCUUUGAGGAGUAAAAACCUCUUUUCAAUAAGGAAUUUUGAUGGGAAAGUCGCGUAUGAAGACAUCAUCAAUGCCACAGAUGAUUUUGACGACAUCCAUUGUAUCGGGGUAGGAGGAUCAGCCAAGGUUUAUCAAGCAAAGCUACCGAGCGGUCAAGUAGUGGCAGUGAAAAAGCUGAGCUCCCCAACCGAAGGCAUGGAGAUUGAGGACUUGAAGAGUUUCACAAGUGAGAUAGCAACUCUAACAGAAAUCCGACAUCGGAACAUUGUGAAACUCUAUGGCUUCUGUUCUCAUGGGAGGCACAGCUUUCUGGUUUACGAGUUCAUGGAAAGAGGAAGCUUGGCAAAUAUUUUAAGCAGUGAGAAAGGGGCAAAGGAGCUAGACUGGGCACAGAGGGUGAAAGUUGUUAAAAGUGUAGCAUAUGCUCUAUCUUAUAUGCAUCAUGAUUGCAUGCCUCCGAUCAUUCACCGAGACAUAUCUAGCAAAAAUGUUUUACUGGACUCAGAACUUGAGGCUCAUGUCUCAGAUUUUGGCACUGCAAGGUUCUUAAAGCAAGGUUCUUCAAACUGGACCACAGUGGCAGGCACAUUUGGAUACAUUGCUCCAGAAUUUUCUUACACCAUGGCUGUGACAGAAAAAUGCGACGUUUAUAGCUUUGGUGUACUUGCACUUGAAGUUCUGAAGGGAUCACAUCCACGGGAACUCAUUCCCUCUCUGCACCCAUCAGCCCGCCAAGGCAUACAACUACAGGAGGAGUUAGAUCCUCGUCUUUCAUUUCCCAGAGACCAAAAGAUUGUAGCAGAUCUGGAAGCUAUUCUGAAGCUUGCACUAUCAUGCUUGUGUGCUGAUCCCAAAUCUCGGCCCAGCAUGCAUGGUGUGUCUCAAAUACUCGAACUCGAAAUGAGGAUGGGUAACAACUAG